GUACACACCCACCUCGGGGAACCAUUAAUGUGGCCUCGAAGGUGACGGCCUUCGCGUAACCACAUUGUCUUCGGCAGAGCCACAUGUCCAUUGAAAAGACAGCAUCGUCGGUCUCACUGCUUCCCUCUCUGCUUGUCCCUCCCCAACCUCCAUCUCCCACCUUAGAAACCUUGUACGUGAUCCUCACCGUCGUCGAUCUUUCCUCUGUCCUUUUGUUUUUUCAGUCUGUUUCUGUUCUCGUCGCUGCCUGAUGCUAUAAAAGGAGGACCUGCGCGCAACACUUGGAGCAAAUAUUAACCAAGAACGAUGCCUCCAUCACUGGCCCAGUGGCUCUGCCUCGUGGCCGUGAUCUGGCUCCAGACCAUCGCUGGGACGAACACCAACUUCCCGGCAUACUCCUCGCAGCUCAAGCAAGUCCUCCACAUCUCCCAGGUCCAGCUCAACAACCUCGCCUUUGCCUCCGACGCGGGCAAGCUCUUGGGGUGGUUCUCGGGGAUCGCUGCGGUGUACCUCCCGCUCUGGCUCGUCCUCCUGGUGGGCGCGUUGCUUGGGCUUGUCGGGAACGGCAUCCAGUACCUCUUCGUGGCUGGCAAGGUCACCUCGGUCUCGUACCCCGGGAUGUUUCUCCUCGCCGUCCUCGCCGGGAACAGCAUCUGCUGGAUCAACACGGUGUGCUACGUGGUCGCGAUCCACAACUUCCCGCUCCACCGCCAGCUCGCCGUCGGGCUCACCACCAGCUACCAAGGGCUGAGCGCCAGUGUCUACACGGAUAUAGUUGACGCCGCACUCAACAAGCGCGGCGGGACUGGGGCUAGAGCUAAAGCAUAUCUGCUUCUCAAUUCAGUCCUGCCAAUGGCCGUGUCGCUAGCCACGGCGGCUUUUGUUCGAGUUGUCAAUGCAGACGGUCCAGGGGCGGGCAAAAAUGCGCACAGCAGGUUCAUAAUCCUAUUCAUCAUAACGAUCGCGACCGGAAUUUACGCGGUGGUGAGCAGUAUGGGGUCAGUGUCGGGAGCGUUAUCGGCGGUGUACAAUGCGAUGGGGAUGGGCAUCUUCCUCCUGAUCCCCAUCAUUAUACCGCUCGCGGAAUGCGUCAAGCACGUCCUAGCCCGCACCGAGAAGAGGGUACACGACGUGGUGACCGAGCAAGAGAACAGCGACCACGGCGGAGACGAGAGUGGCCUCAAGUCAGAGGCCCAUCCCCAGGUUGGCGACCAAGAAGAGGCGGUUGUUGUGGUUCCCCCUAGUGAAGAAGUGGCAAUUAAUGGUGUCAGAGAGGAGGUUGGAGCCAGAGUGAUGGUGAAGCGAGUCGAGUUCUGGCUCUACUUUUUCGUGUACCUGUUCGGGGCGACGCUCGGGCUCGUGUUCCUCAACAACCUGGGGCAGAUUGCCGAGUCCCGGGGCAGCUCAAAGACGUCGUCGCUGGUCUCUCUCUCGUCAUCGUUCGGGUUCUUCGGGCGGCUGAUCCCGUCUCUCUUCGACUACCUCUUCAAAAGCAGAAAGUACGUGGUGUCGAGACCGGCAACAAUGGCGGUACUGAUGGCACCGAUGGUCGGUGCCUACUUCCUGCUCCUCAGCCCUGCCACGGCGGCGCUCUACGUGAGCACCGCCAUCAUCGGCGUCUGCACUGGGGCCAUCACGUCCAUCUCCGUGGCGACCACCACCGAGCUCUUCGGGACCAAGAACUUCGGCGUGAACCACAACAUCCUUGUCACCAACAUCCCUAUUGGGUCCUUCGUCUUCGGAUACGCCGCGGCGCUGCUCUACCGCAGCCGGCGAGGCGGCGACGGGAAGUGCAUGGGGAUGGAGUGUUAUAGCACGACGUUUGUCAUCUGGGGAUGUCUGUGCUUACUCGGGACUGUCCUAGCUUUAGUCUUGUACGCACGUACGCGCAAGUUUUAUUCAAGAAGUAUAGAGAAGUAGUAGCUAACUAAACGAAUGCACUCUUCAAUACGAGUUAGGAUAUACUCCUUUUCUUUUAUUUUGCCAAAUAUCUUCGCUCAAGGUAAAAAAUACUCCUGGACAUGUAUGUAUGUGUUAUUGAUCGAGAAAUCGGCAUUAUAUAAUUCACCUAAUCUAAGAUACAAGUGUUUUUUU